AUGCCGGAUUCUUCCGAGCCGGCAAGCUCCGCUCCGGCAAAGGAUGCUCCUGGAGCUCCUGAGCCAGCCAAGACCACGCCAACUCCUCCUCCGGCAACCUCCACCGGCAAGCCGGCCUCCGCCAAGCCCACGCAGCCAGAGAGCGGAAAGUUCACCGCCCAGCAACUUGCUGCGGUGGUGACCGCGGCCACGGCUCCUUCCUCCGGCUCGCAGACGCUGGUUCUGCAUGCCAGCCGCGUCGCCGUGGUGGCCUCUGAGACGGCCUCUGCCCAGGUAGGCCGGAUCACAGAGUUCCAACGCCAAGGAGCUGACCUGGGCCAUCUGCUCGAUUACGCUGAAAAGUGGAAUCGGGCGGAUCUGACGCCGGCGACGUGCGGCCUCGGCAAGGACAAUCUCCCGGUGGUCGACCCCUCUAGCCCUCGCAGCACCGGACAACAUUUUGGCCGGCUGCGGCACGCGGCCAAGGAGUUGGACAAUGCGUGGCACGACGCCAGCACCAACGUGACGAUUCUAAAAAUUGUCCAACCGGGCAAGCCCCGGUGA